AUGGCCUGUCCGAGCACGCAGGCCUAUUUCCACCGCGGAGCAUAUCUUCACGAAGUCUGGGCAUGGUUCGCGAUUGGGUAUGUGUCCGUCCCCGUCCCCGUCUUGUCGUACAGAAGGGAAUGUAUAAUGUAGGCUGACCAGUUCCCAGAAGUCUGGUCCUCUGCCUGAGAUCAGCCGUACGGUUGCGGACGGUGGGAUGGCGUCGACUGCAGCUGGACGACUACAUGGCGAUAGCGGUAUGGCUGUGCUUCCUGUGCGACUGCGUGACCAUCACGAUGGUGUACAAGUUCGGCUCCAACCUGGACUGGGCCAGACGAGACCUGGCGAAGCUGGAGCCUUGUCAGAUCAAGCAGAUCCAGAUCGGUAGUAGGAUGCAGUUGCUGGCGUGGUAGGUGGUUCAUCAUCAGGACACAUGUAAUAUCCCAGGUCUUGGCGCUGAUCUAUCGAUGUUGCUCGCUCUCUAGGUACACCUACACUGCUCUGCUCUGGGGCCUCAAGGCCAUGAUGCUCGUCUUCUUGCGACGGCUCACGAUCGGCCUCUUCCAAGAACGUCUCGCCAAGAUCUUCGCCGUCAUCACCGCCGCUUGCUACAUCAUCGUCUUCCUCACCAUCAGCUGCGGCUGCUUGCCCAUUCAACACAAUUGGCAGGUCAUCCCUCCCCCUUCAACCACAAGAUGCCUCAAGAAACUCCCCAACUUCUACGUCACGACCGCUUUGAACGUCGGCACCGACGCCCUCAUCCUCACCAUCCCCCUCCCCCUACUCUGGGGAAUGCGCCUCCCUCUCGCUCGCAAGAUAGCACUUACCCUCCUCCUCUGCUCCGGCAUCUUCGUCAUCACCGCCGCCAUCAUUCGAAUCUCCUUCAGCAUGGCAGGCCUCCACAGUCUCAACAUCAACCGCUGGGGAACACGGGAAACCGUUGCGGGCAUCAUAGCCGUCAACGCACCCAUCAUCCGACCUCUCUUCAAACGCUGGUUCUGGCAGCGCGGCGGAAAUCGCACUCCCUCACCAGUAGCUUUCUUGCCGCAAAACCGUGACGCUCCCGAACGACGAGAUCGAAAGAGUACUAUCGGUCUUCCUCGCUCGAGAAGGAAAGCCGGGAAAUCGGAAGCUUUCGGAGGUCCGCAUGGUGUUCAUUUACGCCAGGGGGAUCUGGAAAUCACGGAAAAGCCAGUCACCACCCUUCACGAAGAUGGCACUGCUUGGCGAGAAGAACGAGAGCUGGAAGCAGGUCUGCAGCGGCCGCCUGAGAUUGGCGUCGAAACAAGCUUUGGUACCGUGGGCGGCAUGCCGACUCCCGAUAAACCGGCACCAGUCCUGAUAUGGCCGCCUGGUGGGGAGACACAUACGUCGCGGACAUGGAGAAGUUCGAGAAGCUACGGGAGCAGAACCAAAAUGUCUUCGAAUCCGACAACGUCGACGUUGGGCGACAGCAGAGGAAGUCCAGGCGAAUGA